UGGGGUCUUUAAAAGGAAAAGAGGAAUACAAAAGAGGGAAUGAAAGAAGGAGCGUAGGGUAAAGCAAAAGAAGAGGUCUUUCUCAUACACAGAUCCCAAUGGAAUGCAGGAAGGAUGCCCAGCAUUAGCUUGCUGGAUCACUUUCUUUCUUUUUUGUUUAGUUUAAAGGGACUUGCUUUGUUCCUCUUUAGAAAUGUUCAGUGAGAGAUUAAAAAGAAACAUAGAGAGAGAGUCUCAUGCAUAUAGAAUAGAUUCAGUAGCAGGAGCUUUGGAUUUGUUUUAGAUGAGUUCUUAGAUUUGGUCCAUUUACUUCUGCAGCUACGAAACAAAAUUUCCCAGUUUUCUUUAUUUCUUUGGCUCUCUUUUCUUUCUUUUUAAAAAUAGAGAGAAGCAAGGCAAUGUCUUUUUUUUUUCUAUGAUAAUGUUAUUUGUUUGUCAAUGAUUGAGAAGCCCUUGCAGUAGAAACUCACCAACUUUCCUAGAAUCAUUGCUGGGUUUUGAAAACAGCAGCAUAGUAAGAAAAUGAAGUCCAUGAGUAAAGAUGAUCACAAUAACAACACAAACUGGUUAGGUUUCUCUCUCUCUCCAAACAUGAAAAUGGAGGUUAGCAAUCAAGAAGCCCAUCACUAUACACAGUCUGCAUCAGCUUCAGUUGCUGCUGGUGGUGGUGUUGGAGUCACCACAGCAGUUCCAUCAAUCUUUUUCCAGUCUGCUUCUCAUCUUAAUUUUGGACUUUAUUAUGGAGUUGAAGGAGAAAACGGUGGCUUGUAUUCUCAUUUCCCUUUCAUGCCACUCAAGUCUGAUGGGUCUCUUUGUUUGAUGGAAGCUCUUGACAGGUCACAACAACCACAAGCAAUAGUUCCAUCUUCAACUCCAAAACUGGAGGAUUUCUUUGGGGGUGCAACCAUGGGGACACAUCACUAUGAAAGCAGUGGCAGAGAAACUAUGGCUUUAAGUUUGGACAGUAUGUAUUACCAUCAAAAUCCAGGUCAAGAGCACAACAACCAGGAUUGCUUAGAUCGCCUACAACAGUCGUCCAGGCAGCUGCACCACCAACAGCAGCCUGAGGCUUCCCAACAGUACCAAUAUUACUCGGGAUAUAGGAACCAAGAAAUGUUACUUGGAGAGGAAGCUAAAGAAACCCAUGUUACAGAUUGCAAUCUCCAGGCUCCAACAAUGGCGGAUGAUGGUGCACCGGGAAUGAAGCUCUGGGUUUCGAGGAACUACUCCACAGAGAAUGCCAUGCAUCAAAAGAUGAUGGGUUGCAUGGGUGAUAAUGGGGCUGAAUCUGGCUCUAUCGGUGCCAUAGCAUAUGGGGAUUUACAGUCUUUGAGCUUGUCCAUGAGCCCUGGCUCACAAUCAAGCUGUAUUACUGGUUCACACCAAAUCUCACCUUCUGCAACUGACUAUGCAGCCUCCAUGGAAACCAAGAAAAGAGGGCCUGAGAAGGUAGAUCUGAAGCAAAUCGUCCAUAGAAAAUCCAUUGAUACUUUUGGUCAAAGAACCUCUCAAUAUAGAGGCGUCACAAGACAUAGAUGGACUGGAAGAUAUGAAGCCCAUCUCUGGGACAACAGUUGCAAGAAGGAAGGGCAGAGCAGGAAAGGAAGACAAGUUUAUUUAGGGGGUUAUGACAUGGAAGAGAAAGCUGCAAGAGCAUAUGAUCUAGCUGCACUCAAGUAUUGGGGACCCUCCACUCACAUCAACUUCCCCUUGGAGAAUUACCAAAAAGAACUUGAAGAAAUGAAGAGCAUGACAAGACAGGAGUACGUUGCUCACUUGAGAAGGAAAAGCAGUGGAUUCUCAAGGGGAGCUUCAAUGUACAGAGGAGUCACAAGACAUCAUCAACACGGAAGAUGGCAAGCUCGUAUAGGAAGAGUUGCAGGGAACAAAGAUCUUUAUCUUGGAACAUUUAGCACCCAAGAGGAAGCAGCCGAGGCUUAUGACAUAGCUGCCAUCAAGUUCCGUGGGGUGAACGCUGUGACUAACUUUGACAUCACAAGGUACGAUGUCGAAAGAAUCAUGGCUAGCAAUACCCUUCUCGCAGGAGAACUCGCACGGCGAAACAAAGAUAUCGGACCCGGUAACGAGACUGUCGAUCACAACCUUUUAACUGAUGGCACCAUUGGUGAAACCAAUAAUAUAUCGCCGAAGAACAAUGGAGGUCAACCGAACUGGAAAAUGGUCCAGCAACUUGAGAUGAAACAGCCGAAGGAGAUCGAGAACUACAAGGCUCAGGCUUUCUCAUUGGCACCAGAAACCAUGAUCGGGGUUGACACAAUCAGUUCAAACCACAGAGAGGUGGAUGAAUUGAGCAAGAUGGGGACUCGCUUGUCGAAUGCUUCUUCAUUGGUGACUAGUUUGAGUAGCUCAAGAGAAGGUAGCCCCGAUAGAAGCAAUUUACCAAUGGCGUUCCCCAUGCCUCCUCCAGCAUCCAAGUUGUUCUCCAGUUCAACAAACACUGUGAAUUCUUGGAUUCCUUCAGCUCAGCUGAGGCCUGCAAUUUCCAUGCCACAGAUGCCUGUUUUUGCUGCCUGGACAGAUGCAUAGAUUCGACGUUUUUUUUCUUUUUCGCAUGGAAUUAAAAAUAUCAGGAAAAAAGGCUUGUGUUUUAUCUUUUAUUCUGAAAUUUUCGUUUUGAGGUGUCAA